UUUUCCUCGGAAGAUCCCGGAGAAAGACAGUUGCGGGAACGUGAUACCGAUAUGGAAACGGCAAAUGCUGGCGCGAAAGGCGGCCGAGCGAGCGAAGAAAGAGCUGGAAGAGCAGAUCGCCAGGGAGAACGAGGAGAGGCGGCAGAAAGCGAUUCCCGCUUGGAAGAGGCAGCUCCUUGCCAAGAAGGACAACGAGGAAAGAAGACUGAACCAAGCGCACGCGAUACCAGCGGGCAAGAUGGACGUAACGGUGACACCGAUACCGACGUCGACGCCGACGACAACACCUGCACCGACUCCGACACCGACACCGACACCGGCACCGAGGCAAGACGCGUCGCCAUCGUCGAUCCCUUCCUCGCGUAUCGGACGCGAUCGGCAAGAGGAGAAACCGGACGUCGAGGAAAAGAAGAACACCGACGCGAGCGUUUCUUCGCAUCACAGGGCGCAGGCAGACCGGACGAACGACGACGACAACGACGACGACGACGACACGCAGAUCAUUCCGUGGCGAGCGCAGCUCAGAAAGACCUCGAGCAAACUCAACAUUCUGGAAUAGUCUUGCGAAAAACGAUGAAAACGAAUCUUCGAACAACGCGCCAACGUUUGCCAGUUUGUUUGCAUGUACAUAGAGUCAAGUAAAGUUUAUAAAUUUAUAUCGAGA